AUGGAUAUCGACGAGACAAAAACCACAGAGACUUCAGGUGUCAUGAAACGCAUGCAACCUACUGUUGUUGAUACAGCCACAAAACUUGCCUUGUCCAACACGGCGGCGGCGAAAUACAAAGGUGUGGUUCAGCAACAGAACGGUCAUUGGGGAGCUCAGAUAUACGCAGACCACCGAAGGAUCUGGCUCGGUACUUUCAAAGCCGCCGCUGAAGCCGCCGCGGCUUACGAUAGCGCAUCCAUCAAGCUCCGGAGCUUUGACGCUAACUCUCACCGGAACUUCCCUUGGUCUGACUUCACCGUCCACGAGCCUGACUUUCAAGUGAACCACACGACGGAAGAUGUGUUGAACAUGAUCAGAGACGGUUCUUACCAACACAAGUUCAGAGAGUACCUCAGGAUCCGAUCUGAGAUGGUCGCCAGCAUCAACAUCGCCGGUUCGAAGCAGAGCCGGAGAGAUGAAGAGUCGAAAAAGUGCUUCUCGUGCACGCAGCUUUUCGAGAAGACAUUGACGCCGAGCGAUGUUGGGAAGCUGAACAGGCUUGUGAUACCUAAGAAGUAUGCGGUGAAGUAUCUGCCUUACAUUAACGACGAUCCAAAAGAGAGAGAAGAGAGCGAGAAGGGAGAUGCUGUGGAAGAUGUGGAGCUUGUGUUUUACGACAAGGCGAUGAGACAGUGGAAGUUUAGGUAUUGUUACUGGAGAAGUAGCCAGAGCUUUGUCUUCACCAGAGGAUGGAAUGGUUUCGUCAAGGAGAAGAAUCUCAAGGAGAAGGAUGUUAUUGUGUUUUACACUUGUGAUGUCCCUAGCAAUGUCAAGACAUUAGAGGGUCAAAGCAGGAACUUCUUGAUGAUCGAUGUUCAUUACUUCUCAGGCAACGAGGCUUUCGUGGUUCCAGAUGAAGUAAACAAGAAGAUGGUUCAUGAGAGUUCUGAUGAAGAAAUGAAGCUAGAAGGUGAGGAAACCAAAUCAGAGGAGAAGAAAGGAGGGUUUAAGCUGUUUGGUGUUAUGAUCCAACAAUAG